AUGUCCAAAGAGUUUGGUGCCCCAAACAAACGUUCGAGUUCUUGUCUAAGCUCCUCAAGCAUCAUAGUAAAAAUGUGGGUCCUUCUUGAAGGUUCACCGAGAGCUAGGAAGUUGAAUGCUGAUAUAUCUAAAGCUUAUGACUUAGAUGAUUUUGUAUAUAUUCUUCAAGAGGAGUAUGAAGAGUUAAGAGAUGUUAGACCGCAAAAUAUCGUAAUCUUAAAUAACAACAACACACAACUUCAACCAGACACUGACCUCCAAACUCUAACUAAGACAACAACGGCCAAGAACUCGCUCGUUGUUCGCUAUCCUCUCUCAAAUGCAAACAUUAAGGGGACAUUCGUGUACGGACAAAGGCAAACCAAACGCGAAAUACCACAUACUAGUGGUUCAUUUAGCCUUUUGAAAGCUCUCGCUAGAGAAAUUUUCACAGAAUUGGAGAGAGAAGAAAUAUACUUUGUAAAUAACGGAAUGGAUAUUUGGGAUGUACAUAACUUUAAUACUGUAAUAUUUCAAACAACACAAGAUAAUGACAACAAUGUUACGCUAAAGUUAAUUAUUAAAAUCAAGGGCAGAAAAAAGUAUAGUGAUUGGAAUAUCAAAGAUGUGUUUAAGGAUAUAUUAGGACGACCGGAUUAUGAAUCCCUGGGUGAUAUGCCAAGAUUUAAUCUUGAUGAACUUCCUCCGUUAAAGCAUCCAUUCUCUCAGGAAGAGGGCAAUAAAUUCUUUGGGGAGCUUAAAUGUCAUCUUAAUAAUAUCCAGAAAGAAAUUGAAAAUGAGUCGUCGGCUCGUUUUGAGAAAGAGCUGAAGGGAAGUCGUGGGUAUGGAACCAUUGACUAUGCUGUAAAAAUGAUUGAAGUUUUUUUGGUGUUAUGUGAAGAAAAAUUGGAAGACAUGAAACAAAGAAUGGCGCAAAAUAUUGUACAAGUGCACAGUGCAAUGGAACGACUAUCGAAUUCCGGCCAAGCAGAACCAAAAAUGUAUGGGAUAGUUACAACUGGAAAAUUAUGGCGAUUUGUCCGUUGGACUGGAUCAUUAGAUGAACCGGUUGUUCAUAUUUCCGAAGAAUAUACUUGCAAUCUUACUGGUAACUUAGAAAAUGAAAAAGAAAUGGUAAAAUAUAUUGCGCAGAUAAUACAGGCUCAAGUUACAGCAUUUUGUGAUCAUGAUAAUGAAAACAACCUCCAUCUUUCAAAACGUUUAUGUACUGGUCAAAGAAAUGAUAAAUGA